AUGAAGGCCGUCUACAUGUACAACAAGACGGCGCUGAAGAAGCCCAUAAGUCAGCUCGUCAGUGGUGAAGCUAACGUUACUGAUGGCCUCGUCCUGAGAAUCACCACCGAAGGCUUGUUUAUUGAUGAUGAUGUACGCCGUGUUCCGCAGCGCGAAUGGGAUAUCAAAGCCUGGAGUCUCAAGAGCAUUGAGAGAGGUGCUUCGAAGCCUCACUACAUGCUGCGUGCCACAAUCAGAGACACAGAAGGCAAAUGCUACGUCUUCGUCAUCCCAUCAGAUCAAGAGUGGAAGGUUGAUGUUGGACUGGCUCGCCUACGGAAAGGUAACCUGGUCCGCAGUAUGGGAAUGAGUAGCAUCAAGGCGUCAGAGAUGAGAGGCUUGCUCAGCGACCUUGGUUGGGUCUAA